AUGUCCAUCUUCAAACGCUGGACAACGCCACGCCCCCACGAUCCCGCACGCCAGCCAUUGCUGGGCCUCAGGAAGCGGGCCGAUUCGGAGCACGAUGAGCUGGAGGUUCUGGAGGGACCAGUGACGACGCCGCUGCCCUACCGACAAGUGGUCGUACUAUGCUUCAUGCGAAUCACCGAGCCCAUCUCCCAAAGCUUAAUCCAUCCAUUCAUCAACCAAAUGCUCGAGGACUUGCACGUCACUCCCGACAGAACUAAGAUUGGUUAUUACGCUGGAAUCAUCACCAGUCUGUUUGCCUUCUCUCAGCUAUGUACCAAUUUUUGGUGGGCGACGUUAUCGGACCGUAUUGGGAGGAAGCCCAUCCUGCUAUCCGGCUUGACCGGGCUAGCGAUCAGCAUGAUAAGUCUGAGUCUCCAGACAAGUUUCGCGGGCAUGGUUGUUGCACGAUGUGUUGCAGGAAUCAUGAAUGGAAACUUGCCGAUCUUACAGAGUGUCCUGGCAGAGAUCACAGAUGAGACGAAUAAAGCUCGAGCGUUCUCGUUGAUCCCGAUGUGCAACGCCGUCGGAAUAAUUAUUGGCCCCUUGAUCGGUGGAUAUCUGGCCAAGCCGGCGAGCCAAUAUCCUGAUAUCUUUGGAAAUAUCCAGUUCUUGAUCGACUAUCCCUACUUCUUACCCUGCUUUAUUGCCGGGAUGAUCAACCUUUCAGCCGUGACCGUUGGCUUCUUCUAUCUAGAAGAAACACUUGCCUCGAAAACAAACACCAGAAGUCCACCGCUGAGCCACGAAAGUGAUGAAGAAGUCGAGGAAAUCGGCAGCUCGGAGCCCAACGAGAGUCUCAUCCAACCGAAACCCAAAUUUUCAGCGAUCUUUACGCCCACAGUCAUCAGUGUUCUCCUCGGCUCCCUCUUGGUGUUUUUCCAAAUGUCGUCCUUGGCGACUCUGAUUCCACUCUUCGCCUACACUCGAUUUGAGGAUGGUGGACUUGGACUUAAUUUGCGACAGAUGGGCACUGCGCUCACGACGAACGGGUUUGCAGCAGUGAUAGUGCAGACGGCGAUGUUCCCGUAUCUCCAGCGGAGAUGGGGGACGAUGAAGGUCUUCCGGUCGGUCCUUCUGAUCUGGCCGACGGUCUUCGCCCUCCUGCCCAUGGUCCGUUGGCUCGUCAACAAGCAGAGAGAGGCCUCUGGAGUCGAUGCUGGCUCCAAGGUCGCUAUGAUCGGCUUGAUCGUCGUCUUGGCUAUCAAAAGCUUCGGCAAAAUGUCCCUCGUGUGUCUUACUUUGUUGGUCAACUCUGCCGCGCCGUCGGCCUCCACGUUCGGUGCUCUGAAUGGCCUGGCCCAAUCGUGCUCAGAGUUGGCCAGGACGUUUGCCCCGUUCAUCACCGGCGCGCUCUUUUCGAUCAGCAUCAAGGAGCAUUACCUGGACGGAAACCUGAUCUGGCUAUGUGGCUUAGUGUUGUCUUGCUUGACUCUCUUCUUUGCUCAAACGAUCAAGAUCCAGCCCACUCAGCUCAGGAAAAAGAGCUCUACCCAAGGCCCGUCAACGUCCUGA